GCGCCACGGUAGUGAUCCCUAAACCACAUCACAGGUCACCAUUGCAAGCACAUACAACUCAGGAUGCGAUUACGAUUGUUUCUUUGUGCGUCUCACCACUCGAAUCGAAAUAAAACUGAAAGUUACUCCGGUUGACGGAAUGUGCCGCCGGCAGGCACUCUCUCUUGUUUCAGUUCUACAAAGACGAGGCAAGUCUAGCUCUUAUCGCCUAGUAUUAUGUUAUUCGAGUUGUGGAAUUCGGCUGUUCACCUGUGGCAGUGACUCAGUUCGAUCUGAAUUUUAUGGGGAGAGCGCAUACGACAUUUUGGGAGUUUCAGAAACUAGCUCCAGCGAUGAAAUCAAAGCUUCUUUUCGAAAAUUGGCAAAGGAAACUCACCCGGACCUCGUUGAGUCGAAAAAUGAUUCCGCCGCUUCACAGCGUUUUGUUCAAAUCCUUGCGGCGUAUGAGAUCCUUUCUGAUUCUAAGAAGAGGGCACACUAUGACAGUUUUCUUAUAGCUCGGAGAAGGAUAAUUAAAAAACAUGGUAGCUAUGGUUCAAUAUCAUCAUACGCAUAUAAAUCAGAUCAGAUAACCUUCAAGCAGAUGGAAGUUGUUGAAUGGUUGAAGUCCUAUAGAAUUUUUAUAAAUGAGAUAUUAUCAGAAAGGAAAGUUGUUGUUGGUACAGAUUAUUUUGAUGUUCUUGAGAAGGAUUUCUACUCAGCCAUGCAUAUUGCUUUCUAUGGUCCAACCAUUGAAUCUAUGGAACUUCUUCCUGAUUGUUUUGAAGCUGAGGAGAGGUCAACUCAUGAAACUUCAGAGAUAUUGCACUUGGUUUCAGGGCGUGAUCUUUUUGGGAUAGUCUGUUUUGCUGAGGAGGUGCCUAAAGUGGCUUCUGCCACCAAUGGAAAAUCUAUUGCUUCAACCUCUAGGUAUCUAGACAUUACUCAAACCAUUGAACAUGCUGGCAGCUGUGUGAAAUUGACACGAGGGGAAAAAUUUGAGCUUCCUCAGGCCUCAAUGCUUUAUGAAUCAGAUGCAUACAAAGAUUUAGAGUUGCAUAUUUGUGGAAAAGUAAUUGCUAAGGCUUCUAGACUUCCUCCAAAGUUUCACGGUGAGAGCAUGGAGGAUAAAAACAAUCAAGAUCAAAUACAUGUUUUUCUAAGUUCCAAUGAUGAUCCCAUGCAUUCCAGUGAUGGAUAUUCUAUAAAUUUCUCUACUGAGGAUGUUGCCGAUGCAAAGAUUCCCGUGGGUACUAUUGUUGGUCUAGGUACAUCUGAAGAAGAAGGAUCAUGCUCUGUCUACAAUAACCAUGGCACAAAAACACAUGUGAUAAUGAAACAUCGAACAUUGAUGGAUCUGAAGUCUGGCACUGCCCGGCACAAUAGGGGGCUCUACUUCCUUUCUGACGAUACUUCUUCCUAAUUCAUAAUUCAUAGUGAUGUCCGGGGCUCCGCACCAACUACCACCUCCACUGCCAAACGUUGGUUCGUCACCUCUAUAGACGACCACACUCGCCUUACUUGGGUCUUCUUACUUACUGAUAAGUCUGAGGUGUCAUCCGUCUUCCAACAAUUUUAUACAACUGUUGAAACUCGGUUCCAUGCAAAGAUUGGAAUUUUGAGGAGUGAUAAUGGGCAAGAGUUCUUUAACACCUCUUUCUGAGACUUUCUUGUGUCUAAGGGGAUUGUCCACCAAAGCUUGUGUACUUAUACCCCCCAACAGAAUGGAGUAGCCGAGCAUAAAAAUCGUCAUUUGCUGGAAGUCGCCUGGUCCUUAAUGUUGUCUGCCACUCUUCCGUCCUAUCUGUGGGGGAUGUCAUUCUUCCUACCGCCCACCUCAUUAAUCGCAUGCCCUCUCGUGUCCUUAACUUUCAUAAUCCAUUGGACCUAUUCAAAGAAUCUUAUCCGACCACUUGCUUAAUUUUCGAUGUUCCCCUUCGGGUCUUCGGCUACGUCGCUUUUGUUCAUUCCCAUGGCCCAAAUCGCACAAAAUUCACUCCACGUGCUCAGAAAUGUGUCUUUGUUGGGUAUCCCUUCCACCAACGUGGGUAUAAGUGCUAUCAUCCGUCUUCUCGUAAGUAUUUUGUCUCCAUGGACAUUACCUUCCUUGAGGAUCAGCCCUUCUUUCUCGAUAGUCCUCUUCAGUGGGAGAGCUUGAGUGAAGAGACUAACUGGUCCUCCUAUGCUGUUCCCUUAGAAUCAGCCCCCUAUUCCUUCUCCCAGCUCUGAAAGUGUAUGUCCGGUCCUUCCUACCAACCAGGUUCCAUGGAUAACCUACUAUAGGAAGAAUCUUAGAAAUGAAGCAGUGCCACCUGUUGAACAACCAGCUUCAGUCCAUGAGUCAGACCCUGCAUCAGGUCCAGGUACGUGUAUUGCUAAAACUAAUGAUGUUGAUAUGUGUAUAGAGACUGACAAAUGCAGAGAGGAUAAGGACGAAGGAGGUGGAAAUACCAAAAGUGUGACAGAUGAGGAGACAGCUGAGAAUGAUAGCAAUAGGGAAAAUAUGCCAGCAGUUGGUAAUGAUACUAGAGCAAUUGGUGAGGAUGUGGAGGAUAUCACUGAAAUUCCUUAUAUGCUAAUGACUGAUCAUGCUAAGAAACCUGGAGAGUUGGAAAAUCGUGAUGCCUCUCUCGAUCUUCCUGUAGCACUAAGGAAAGGUACUUGUUCAUGCACGAAGUAUUAUAUGCACAGCUACAUCACAUAUAGUAAUCUGUCACCCGAAUUUAAAGCUCUCACUACCAGCUUGGACGCUGUCAUGGUCCCGAGCAGCAUUCGUGUAGCAAUGGAGAGCCCUGAAUGGAAAACGACUGUUAUGGAAGAAAUGAGGGCUCUUAAGAAAAAUGGAACUUGGGAACAGGUGGUUUUGCCUGAAGGGCACAGGACGGUUGGAUGCAAAUAGGUGUUCACCGUAAAGUACAAGUCAGAUGGGACGAUUGAUCGGUAUAAGGCCAGACUUGUUGCUAAAGGCUUCACUCAGACCUCGGAGUUGU